ACAUAUCAAAGUUUGUGUUACUUGGAGGAAGGUAGGAAGGAGGUGCUGCCAUCCAAGGCAUGUUCCUGCUUGUCCUUCCCAACCUGUCCUGGCUUUUGUUCCUGGGAGUGAGGCCAAGAGCUUUAGUAGCCUGCUAGGGAACAAGAGUGUUCAGGCAGAGGCUGCUCCCUGGCAGGCAGAGACUCCCUUCAAAUUACUAAAUAAACAGUGUCAGGUGACUUUAGCAUGGUCCAUAAGGAAGCGACAGAUCUUUGCCAACUCCUAACUUCAAUCUAGCCUCCCAAGAGUAGCACCCACCUCUCAACUUGCAAGAAAAAAAACUUCUGAGGAAGGUCACCAGAUUGAAGCUAGCCUAGAAAUAGAAGAGGGAGAACCCAGUUCCCUCUGGAGAUAAUUGGGAGCCAAGGCCCUUCAGAAGGCUAAGAGGUAUCUGAGUCCCCCUAGUCGGUGGUGACUUGGGACAGGUAGGGUGAACCAGCAGGAGGCCUCAGGGUGGAUGCUCUUCCCAGAUGGAUUCCAGCAGGCUGGAGCAAGAACUGCAGUGGAUGGAGCUGAUUUGGGAGGCGGCUCCAGCAGACAAGACAGAGAAACCUCUUACCUCCCAAGCCUGGAGUACUCUGUUCCAGGCAGUGUGGCGGGGUGCUCCCAGCCUGGUGAUACAGCUGCUGAGGCAAGGUGCCAGUGUGGAGGAGAGGGAUCACGCAGGUCGGACUCCGCUCCAUCUGGCUGUGAUGCGAGGCCACGUGCCCCUUGUACGCCUACUGUUGCAGCGUGGAUCCCUGGCAGGCGCAGUUGAUCACGUAGGGCGCACACCGUUGCACGAGGCUGCUUGGCACGGACACUCAAAGGUGGCGGAACUACUGUUGCAGCGUGGGGCCUCAGCGGUGGCAUGCUCUCAAACGGGCCUCACGCCUCUCCACUGGGCAGCUGCGCUGGGCCGCACACUACUGGUUACAUGCCUUCUGGCCGCACCAGGUUCAGACCCUGCUGUGAAGGACUUAAGAGGUUGGACCGCCACACACUGGGCCGCGGCAUGUGGGCAACUGCCUGUACUAGAGCUGUUGACUGUGGGAGGCAGCUUAGACCUGGACAGCGCCCUGCUGGUGUCAGCGGUAGCUGGAAGAGCAUCAGCCUUGCGGCUUCUUCUGGCACUAGGGGCAAAGGUGGAUGCCCUGGACAGCACGGGAGUCACCGCGCUUGGCCUGGCAGCUGGCCUAGGCCACCACCAAGAUGUGGAGGUUCUGCUGGACCAUGGGGCAGACCCACGUAUCACGGACAGGAACAACUGCUCUGCACUCCACAGGGCUGCCGCUGGCGGACAUCUACCUGUUGUACAGCUGCUGGUGGCCAAGGGCAUCGAAGUGGAUUCUCAGGACUCACUGGGUCUCACGCCCCUGCACUACGCUGCCCGGAGAGGCCACGUAGAAGUUGUCAGCCAUCUCCUGGACAGGGGUGCCCAGGUCAACGCUGCCGGCUGGCUCCGCAAGACCCCUCUGCACCUUGCUGUGGAGUGUGGCCACAGAACCACUACAGAUCUUUUGCUAAACCGAGGAGCCAACUCUUCCUUGAGGUCACAGUGGGGUGAAAUGGCCCAGACCCUAUAGGGUACCUGCCCCAGGCACUGCCUGAUUUCCUUUACUAAACAAACUUCUUAAAAACUACAGAAAGAUGAGAAAUUGGAGCUGUACUUCUAACAAAAUUAAGAGUUUAGGGUUAUGGAGGAUAUCUUUUUGUUGAGAUUUGUUCACAGGACUGGGCGGUGGUGGUUUAAGCCUUUAAUCCCAGCACUUGGGAGGCAGAGGCAGGUGGGUCUCUGUGAGUUCAAAGUCAGUCUUGCCUACAGAUCAAGUUCUAGGACAACCAGGGCUGUUGCAAAGAGAAAUUCUGUCUCGAAAAACAAAAACCAAACCAAACCAAACCAACAACAAAAACUGCUACCCAUUAGGUUAUAUUCACGUAUCAAAAGGAUUGUAAUUAUUCCAGGCAAGUAAGAUAUCCUUGGUUAGCCGGUGGUGAUGGCGCACACCUUUAAUCCCAGCACUCGGGAGGCAGAGGCAGGUGGAUCUCUAUGAGUUCAGGGUCAGCCUGGUCUACAAGAGCUAGUUCCAGGACAGGCUCCAAAACUACAGAGAAACCCGGUCUCGAAAAACAAAACAAAGCAAAAAGAUAUCCCUGGUUAACAACUACAUAAAAAAGAACAACAUUGGUCAACAUUUUGCCAUGUAAAUCUCUUAUUUGUUUAAAUGGCGACACUUGCAGUUUCCAGUUCAUGUAAAAUAUGUUCAAAGUGUACCUUUGUGCUGGACCUAAACAGGAUUUACAGAUGACAGUAUAGUGAAAUGUUAUAGAUCAAAAUCUAGAUAAACUGCAAAGAAUUUCUGCUCAAGGGUGGUGUCUCUGUGUGUGUUAGCCAGAAAUCAUCAUUAAAGGCGUGGGUUUUUUUUUCCUUAUGAUUCUCUGAAUGUCUGGAGUAAAUUCAUGAUUGUUGUUGUUGGUGGAGCUAACUCUGCUGCUUCACUAGGAGUCACAACCCCUGUCCCUGAGCUUCCUUGGGUGAUGCCGAGACUUUUUGACCAAAACAGGACAAGAAAAAUCCUGAAUCCUCCUUCUCGGUAGAGACCACCUAUACGGUCAUGGAGAAAAACAUGAGAAUUGUUGGAGAAAGAAGACGCUGACCUCUGUUCUCAGGAGUAUAGCUUCUCGGCUCCAGCCUCCUCCACAUGAGGGUCGAGUGGUAACAGAUUUGAUUAAAACCUCUUUUGUCUGUCCGCCACAGGGGCUCCCCCUUACCUGCACUGUUUGCGGGGGAUGUACUGUUUGUUUUCGUCUUUCAUACUAGUUUCUUCUUUCAUCUCUGUGAUAAGAUGCUUGAAAGAAGAGACGUUUGGCUUGUAGUUUCGGGACACACAGUCCAGUUUAUGGAUGUAUGUUCCAUGAGGCUUAUGGGAAAGCUUUGCCCACCUGCUGUAAACACCUUUCUGA